AUGGGGAACCACGGCUCGAACCUGGAUGACAUCCUGGCGGAGGACAUGCACCACUGGUACAACAAGUUCAUGCGGGAGUCUCCGUCGGGCCUCAUCACGCUGUUCGAGCUGAAGGCCAUCCUGGGUCUGAAGGGCAUGACGGAGAACGCCAACAGCUACGUGGACCAGGUCUUCCUCACCUUCGACAUGGACGGGGACGGUUACAUCGACUUCGUGGAAUACAUCGCCGCCAUCAGUCUGAUGCUGAAAGGAGAAAUCAACCAGAAACUAAAGUGGUACUUCAAACUGUUCGACCAGGACGGCAACGGAAAGAUCGACAAGGAGGAGCUGGAGACCAUCUUCUCGGCCAUCCAGGACAUUACACGGAACAGAGACACCGACCCCGAGGACAUCGUCGCCAUCAUAUUCGAAAAGAUCGACGUGAAGGGAGAAGGUGAGCUGACCCUAGAGGAGUUCAUUGAGGGAGCCAAAGACCACGAGGACAUCAUGAACAUGCUGAAGAGCCUGAUGGACCUGACGCCGGUGUUGGUCAUCAUCGUGGAGGGCCUGUCGGUAUGA